AUGUCUGCAGCUGAAGAAACCCCCCCAAAGGUUGCCGAUGAGCGUGAUGAGCUCCAUGGCGGGAUAGAUCCCGCCCAAGACCAGCCGGCGCACACAGCCUCAACGGCUUCUGACGGAGAGCCCGCAAACCUCCCAAAGCCUCCAGUCACGGACGGGUAUGUGCCCUUCAAACCGAGAGGAAAGCCGAAGCAACCCAUCAAGGCCAUCCCACCGCCCAAACCUCGCUAG